AUGUCCGGCGAAGAAUCUUCCCACGUCCCGGCGUGGAAAAAGUUAGGCUUGAAGCUCAAAUACGCUAAGGACUCCCUAGAAGAAGAGGAAAGGGAAAAUACAGAUAAGGUUGAAAAGAAGGAGAAGAAGGACAAGAAGGAAAAGAAGAAAGAUUCAAAGAAGAAGAGGAGCAAUGCUGAAACCGAAGCCGAACCCGAGCCAGAGGAUAAGAAGUCGCGCAAGAACAAAAAACGACGACUUGACGAUAAUAACGAUGAGCGGGACGAAAAAGAACAAUCUGCAAUUGAGGGAAAAGAUGACGAAUCCCCCAAGAAAAAGAAGAAGGUGUCUUUCUCGACUAAAGUAGAGGAGAGGGAGGUGCCUAGUCGUGAUGCCCAGAGUGAUGUCGAUAUGGAUGCCGGUGCCGAUGCUGAUGCCGAGGAUGGAGGGAAGAAGCAGAAGAAGAAGAAGGAGAAAAAGAAGAAGAGGGAUCAGUCGGCGGCUGGAGAUUCAGCGAGCGAUGCGUCUUCGAAGAUUCAUGAAACUCCUAUUCUCUCCUACCUGAGUCUUUACUACAAACAUCGGUCGGCGUGGAAGUUCCAGAAGAACCGCGAAACACAUCUCUUCAAACAUGUUCUUUCGUUGGAGCAGGUGCCGACUCAGUAUAAUGCUGCUCUUCUUGUGUAUCUUCAGGGCUUGAAGAGUGAAGGUGCUAAGCAGCGGUUACGUGAGAUUGCUGAGGAGGCCGUGAAGGCAGAGAUUGAAGAGGCUUCGUCCGAUGACAAGGAUGAAAGCGCCGUGGACGAGUCUGAGGAACAUGUCCCGUCUGAGAAGGAGAACUAUAAUAGCGCUCUUGGCGCUUUCAGGGAAUGCCUGUCUCAGGGCAAACAAGAUGAGCUUAAUAUGACUGGAUCUACGGAUAAGCUGGAAGGCGAUGCGUUGAAGAAGCUUGAGAUGAGACAGCGAGCGGAGCUCGUCUUGUAUGCAGUCAAUGGCACGCUGUUCAACUUCCAGAAGCCAAAGCCUCUUGCACAAAAAGGAAAGGGUGCGAAGAACCAGAACCAAGCAAAUAAGAAGAAGAAGAAGAACCGGACUGCUAUUGUGGAAAUAUCAAGCAGCAGUGAAAGUGAAAGCUCUAGUGACAGCGACAGCGACAGCGACGACGAUGCUGCUCCCAGCAAAAAGAAGAAAGAGACACCCAGAGAUUCGUCUUCUGAUUCGAGCAGUGACAGCGAUGCUGAAAGCACAAGCUCGAGUGAUUCAUCAUCCUCGUCGUCAUCUUCCUCUUCCUCUUCCUAA